AUCAGGAUGGACUAGGAAUUUACAAACUCACCACAGUCCUUAAUUUGUUCCAUAUGUAACCUUGCUCGUGUCAGUUUCUCUCUAACCAGGGGCUAUGUGUUUAAACCUGUGAUUCCAGUCACUACAUUUUAUCAGCAAUGUGUCUCCUCUCGAGUCAAACUGUUUAAGAAAGAACUUGUAACUUGGUACUUUUGAAGGGAAUAAAACAGCACCAAUGGGCUGAGAACAUGCUAGACUAAAGCGAGAGAAGGUUUGAAGUCGAUUCAUUGACCGUGAGUCAACUCUUGGCGUGGAGAGGCAGGGCUCUACGACAUCCUUUUUUCAAUCCCACACACAUAUACACACAGAAAAAAAAGUUGGGCAAAUUGCCAGACUGCAAAGGGAAUUGUCUCAGAGUUGGAGCACUCGGGAGGAAAAUCAGUCCUGCUCUCGAUCCUCCCGUCCCAGCACUGAGUUCUUUCUCCGAAAAGUUGCAGGAAGAUUUCAUUUCUGUUCAUCUCUCUCGUGUUGUAUUUUUAAACCACAUUGGGGGGGCCCUCCUCCACCAGACUCGAGGAGUUUCUUACCUCUAUCGCUGAUUUUGCUCUUUUUAAAAGAAAUUCUUUGGAGAAAACUUUUUUUUUUCCCCUCUGUGUGUUUGUCCCCUCCUUCCCCCGUUGCAACCAGACUUCCAGGCGAUUGGAGUUUGAGACUGGGCUGCCAGUAUUAUCCCAGACUACUUCUCUCUACGUUUACUGAAGAAUGGACUUCCCAAAAGGAAAGUUUCCCACCGUCGAGAUCGUCAGCAGCUGCUUCCCACGGUCAUAUUUGAGGACCUCCCCCUUUCGAUGGAGUCUUUUUAUUGCAGUAUACCUGCUGACAUUCACAUUUGGUGAAUGUUCUCAAAGUCACUUGAAACCGAAAGAGAUCAUUCUACAACCGUCGUCCAAUAUCACUCUGAAUUGUUCCGGGAAUGGCCACAUUCAUUGGAGUUAUGAGAAAGUCGCUGAUGUCUAUCCUGACGGCCGUUUUCUGCACAUACGUAACGCGACCAUUUAUCACAACAGAGAGUACACCUGCUUCAAUAAUAAAACCGAGAUAAUGAGCUUUUACAUCUUUGUGCCAGAUCCUAACAUGUGGUUCCUCCCACAACGGCCAGAUGAUAUGAUCAUCAUAAUGGAAAGCUCAGUGUCUUUUAACAUUCCGUGUCUGGUGUCCAAUCCAAAUCUCCAGGUCACUCUACUGCACGUGGAAACUAACACCCUUGUAGACCUGCCAUACAACAACAAGCAAGGCUUUUUUGGCAAAUUCAAAGGUGGGACCUAUGUGUGCAAAGCUACACUAAAUGGAGUGGAGCAACAGUCUGAGAGUUACAUUGUGGACACAUAUGAAGCACCUGACCAUCUUUAUAUUGAACUUCAUGCUGCAAGAACCCUGGUCAAACAGGGAGAACCCAUCAGUGUCACCUGUACUGCAAAUACCAACUUGCUGGAAUAUAAUUGGAACUGCCCAAGGUUGAAGGAAGCUCAAAUAACUGUGUCUGACGGGGCUCAGGAAGUGAACUCCACCCUCUACUUGGAAAGCGCCAUGCUGGAAGAUUCCGGAUGGUACAACUGCAGUGUCAUAGGGUACCACACUCUAAAUCAAUUUGAAGAGAAGGCUCUGCAAAUUACCGUUGUCACAAAUGGAUUUGUUCAUCUCAACACCAAUCUGAGUGCCAUUGAGUAUGCAGAGCUGUCAGAGGUGAAAAUAUUUGUGGUUAAUAUAACUGCCUAUCCAGAACCUACUGUCAAGUGGCUGAAAGACAACGUACCAUUCAACGAAAAGUCCAAUCAAGUGACAUUUACCAAAAAAUCUCUGGGCAAAAACAGGUAUCAGUGCGCACUCCAUCUCAUCCGUGUGAAGGAAGAAGACUUUGGGAAUUAUAGCAUUCAAGUGUGGAAUGCUGACAGCAAAGAUGAGUUUACCUUCUCUUUAAGAGUAAAUGUGCCAGCUAGGAUCCUGGAACUCAAUGACUUUCACCAAAUGAACGGUAUCCAGACUGUGACCUGUGUUACUGAGGGAUUGCCUUUACCAGAAGUCACCUGGUAUACAUGCCGUGACCUGAAAAGGUGCAACAAUAAGGUGGGGAAGUGGAAUCCACUGAAAAUCAACUCCAGUGGAAUUCAGGUGGAGAAGCGGAUCUCUGAGCUGCCGGGAAACCAGGUCUUCCGUGUAGAGAGUGUCCUCAUCCGGAAGAAUGUGGAUGAAACUGCUGCGAUGCGCUGCUCCGCCAGUAACGGCUUUGGGACCGUGAGCCGGGAUGUCAAGCUCAUUUCCCAUGGUAUCCAGUCUCAGCUGGUCACUGUGGCCACCAUCCUGGUUUUGUUGGUCAUCAUUGUCAUCUCAUUAGUGGUUCUGGUUGUGGUUUGGCGGAAGAAGCCUCGCUAUGAAAUUCGCUGGAAGGUCAUUGAAUCCAUCAGUUCGGAUGGACACGAGUACAUUUACGUUGACCCAAUGCAACUUCCAUACGAUUCAAGCUGGGAGUUCCCCAGGAACCAGCUUUCUCUGGGUCGAACGUUGGGCUCUGGAGCCUUUGGCAGGGUGGUUGAAGCAAUGGCCCAUGGACUCGGUCACUCAAACUCCACCAUGAAAGUUGCUGUAAAGAUGUUGAAAACUACUGCAAGGACCAGUGAGAAACAAGCCCUGAUGUCGGAGCUGAAAAUUAUGAGUCACCUUGGCCCCCAUUUAAAUAUUGUCAAUCUAAUGGGAGCCUGUACCAAAGGAGGUCCAAUCUACAUCAUUACAGAGUACUGUCGCCAUGGCGAUCUGGUGGAUUAUCUGUACAGGAACAAACAUACCUUCCUACAGCAAUACGCUGACAAAGGGCAGAGAGAGUCAAACAAUGUCAUCACAAACUCCUACAACGAGAGGAUGAAGAGUUAUGUGGCCCUGUCGUUUGAGAAUGAUGGAGGGUACAUGGACAUGACUAAAGAUGAGAAGCUUGAGUACAUGCCAAUGCUGGAGGCUAAACGUGAACCAAACUACGCUGAUAUCGAGCACCCCGACUACAACAGGCCAUACUCACAGGAGACAAGCUCCCACACUGAGCAUGAGGUCACAGAGAAUAAGCUACUGAUCAGCGAGUCUCCGAUUCUGACCUACACGGAUCUUGUUGGAAUCAGUUAUCAGGUGGCACAAGGAAUGGAAUUCCUUUCGUUGAAAAAUUGUGUCCAUCGGGAUUUGGCUGCAAGGAAUGUACUGAUCUGUGAAGGAAAACUCGCAAAAAUCUGUGACUUUGGAUUAGCACGAGACAUAAUGAAUGAUUCCAAUUAUAUUUCAAGAGGCAGUACCUUUUUGCCUCUGAAAUGGAUGGCACCGGAGAGCAUUUUCAACAACCUAUACACCACACUGAGCGAUGUCUGGUCCUACGCAGUCCUGCUCUGGGAGAUCUUCACCCUCGGUGGGACACCGUAUCCAGAGCUUCCAGUCAAUGACCAAUUCUACAAUGCCAUUAGGCGUGGGUACAGAAUGCCCAAACCUCAGUACGCCUCAGAUGAAAUAUAUCAAAUCAUGCAAAAGUGUUGGAAUGAUGAGUUUGAGAAAAGACCUUCAUUUUCAACUUUAGUAACCCACAUGGGAAACCAGCUCAGUGAGGGUUACAAGAAGAAAUAUGCCCAGGUUAAUCAGGACUUUCUGAAGGGUGAUCACCCAGCCAUAGGUCGCGCCGGGGCUAAGUUCUUCCAAGUUAACGACAACGUGAUCUACUCCAACUGUACUGAGGGGCUGCCCAAUGGCACCAAUAACGGCUACAUCAUCCCAUUGCCGGACCCUGAGCCCCAUGAGGUGCCUACAGACACUAGCAGUCCAAUAGAGAACUCUCCGAGUGAGUCUGCUGCAGGAACAAGGCCAAGUUCCCUUGUGUGUGGAGAGAAUGGAGAGCCGGCUGACUCCAGUGAUUCUGCUCCGGUGACUGAAGACCCUAAGGAGCUUGAGGUGGACACUGAAGCUGACACUACUGUGCUGGACGUUGAGGACAGUUUCCUGUGACCUUCACCUUCUGGAACUGCCUUCACUGCAGAACUUCCUCAGAACUUUCAACUUCGUUUAAAGUGCAAACUCUGUGAGAAAAUCCCAAUUCCAUGCAUUGCCUAAGCAAUCCCUUGGGUAAAACGGUGUAUACAAUAUUGGGAUAAUAAUGUGAAAAUCUUCAAGACGCAAUGAGACCCUUCUGUAAACAUUUCUGUCAUGCAUGAAUUAUGCAUUAGAUUCUGAAAUGUGCAUCUGACCAUUCAUUUCACAUAUUAUUCUCUGGACAUGAAAUUGUCACCGGACCAGGAUUUUGUAUUGGGUCGCAACGUUUGAACAAAAUUCCCAACUCCCUGCCCUACCCCCUCUUGUUUUUCCCGAGAGUCUCUCCGUGUUGAAAUCAAGAGCGAGUGCAUCAUCUCCCACUCCCUGAACUCAUCCCUUCCCUCUUUUCUCCAAACUGUCAGGCCUGUCUUCAAUGCCCUCAUUCUCCCCUCCAAACUACGUAACUCCAUUUGUCCCUCACCCUCCUUUCCUCUUGCAAUUUGUGAGCUUUUAAAACGCAGCUUUGCCACCAAUACAACCCUGUCCGGUUGCAUUUUCUGUCAAAGUCCUUCACUUGCUGGGCUUUGUGUCUCCAGCGAGAUUUAUCCAUCUUCUUAAGAGAGUUCCAGUGCAUCCCAGUCUUCCCUGGUUUUGGAAUCUGGGAAAUUUAAACUUGGCAUUGAAUUGGAGUGCUUGUCCAAUGUUAAGAUACAUAAAGCUCAGCCCAGGACAAUAUUAUGGAAACAAUGAAGAGGUCACUGCGCAAUAUGAGCUAUUAUGCAGUUUAUAUUAGACCAGACUAUACAGUACUUUGAACCCACUGAUCCAAAUGAGGAGAAACUAUUUUAAUGCCAUUUAACUAUUUUAGUAGCAAUUUGUCUUCAGAAUGGCUUGUUUCUUCACAGUGGGACCUAACUCUGGUUCUGAACCAGAGUAGAAAUAUUUUCAGGGCAACAUCAUUCAGAUAGAAGCCAGAGCAGUUAUUAAGUUUGUGUUAUACUACAUUUAUUGAGAUUAUUCCUUUCCAUUACAUUUUCACCUUAUAAGUAGCAAUUUUUGCACAAUUGAGACUAUAUAAAGGAAUUAUUUUUUUCUUUUUUAAGCAAAUAUUUUACAUAUACUUUUGUCAUGCCAUUUUGUUUGUUUUGAAAACUUGCAGUUUUGUUGCUCCAUGAUGUUAAUGUCUUCAGAUGCUCUUGCCUGUGUGUGCGAGAUGCAGGGGAGAUUUAAACAUAAACUCCCUGAAAAGUGAAACAGUAUUAAUGUAACUCACGCAGCUAAACCAUCAAGAACCAUAACCAAGACCAUAAAUAGGGCAGGCUCAGAUUUCAGCAGAUGAAAGGUCAUUUUCAUUUUCCUGGACCAAAGAUUCCUGAAGAGAGUUGAUGAUUAAGGAGUGUGGAUAUGCUGAAAAGGAAGCAAAUGAAAUGAAUUGGAAGAUUAUGCUGAUAGAUUAACAGCAGUUUUUGAUGAGGAUUAACUCCAGCAUGGUGCACUGGGCUGAAUGGCCUGUUUCUGAACUGUAUAUUCUUGGAGAAUUGCAUUUGUUCAAAAAUAACUCCAUUCCAUUUUCCAGGGGAACAGUCAGGAAUGGGAAAAACAUCCAUUCAAAGAUUGUUGAUUUUUCUGUGAGCAUUUGUUGGCGAUUAUUUGGAGUUUAGUCUGUGGCUGUUCUCACUUGGUUAUUUUUAGCUUCCUGUGCAUCUUGAUUUAAACUUGCCUUAUUUGCUGUUCUUUUUCAUUUGUUUCAUCUGUGUGUGGAAGGAGAGGAUGUUGUUGAGACACCCAUCACCACCAGCGACAAGCACUGUUUGAGAAUAGUUCCACUGAAAUUUGACACUGACUAGACCUCCCUCUAUCCUAGCACUGGGUUUCAGCUUCCACCUGGAAAUUGGGAUUGAUAGAUUCAUAGCAUCCCUCCAGUAUGGAAGUGCACCAUUCAACUCAAUGAGCUCACAUUGACCCUCCAAAUAGCACCUUCCCCUCUUCCCCCUGCGUUUACCAUGGCCAAUCCACCAAACCUGCAUAUCUUUGGGUUGUGGGAGGAAACCCACACAGACAAGGAGAGAAUAUGCAAACUCCACACACACAGUUGCCCAAUGCUGGAAUCGAAACCAAGUCCCUGGCGCGGUGAGGUAACAGUGCUAACCACUGGGCCACCAUGCCGGUAGAUACUGUUGGAUAGGAGUGUUAGGGGUUUAUGGAACCAAGGUAGCUCGAUACACUUGAGACAUACCCAACAGCCAUGAUCUAACUGAACGACCGGAAACUGAAUGACAUCCUCCUGUUUGUUCUUUCUAUGUUUUGAUAUUCUCCAUUGUCCAUAAGACAUAGGAGCUGAAAUAGGCUAUUCAGUGCAUAGAGUCUGUUUCUCAAUGCGAUCUGAUAAACCUCAACUUCACUUUCCUGCCUCUUCCCAUAACCUCUGGUUCACUGACUGAUUAAAAAAGGUCUAUUUCAGCCUUCAGUCCAGUUAGGGAUAGUCUUUUAAAAUGGGUACACAACCCUGUAGAACUGGGUUGAGUCUCACAAGGCUCUUAGAGUCAUAGAGAUGUACAGCACAGAAACCGACCCUUCGGUCCAACCCGUCCAUGCCGACCAGAUAUCCCAACCCAAUCUACCUUGUCCCAUGAGUGAGUAUUGGGUUCCAAAUCUAAACAAGAGUGAGAGGUCAAUGUGCUCAUUCACUAUACCAUCUGGCUCUCUAAACUGUAGUUUAAAACUGUCUCACUGAUAUUGAUCCUUACAUCUUCCGAACAUGCCAUUGUAUCUUUCAUGGUCAUUACUUUAUUGAAAAUGUCACAAUAAUAAUUCAACUUCUUCACCGAUCGUGUGUGCGCGCGCACAUGCAUGCAUUUUAAAUAGACUGAUGUUAUGGUGGGAAUUGAAUUACAUCCUUUCUCCAGUAGGUACAAAGGGUAUUUUUAUUUAGAAAGAGCUUAAAAAUACGGGGUAGACUAUUUUGGACAGAGAUGAGGAGAAACUUCUUCACCCUCCACCCCAGAGGGCAGU